AUUAAAGAUAGCUGUUGGUUUUCCAAUUCCAGCUAUUUUCCUGAUAAUUAUCUCAGAUAUUUUUACAUUUUUUUCAAUUUCUUUUUUUCAAAGUUCUUCUCCGGCUCCUCCAAACUCCAAAGCAACUGAAAAAAACCGUCCCAUCUUAUGUUAUGUGAUGGAAAAAACCCUAGAGAUUUCGCAACUUUGAAUUUCCCAUGGAUCUGCAGACAAGUUCGAAUCUUUCUACUCUUCUCAGAACAACCAUCGUUGUUUCGUUCUGAAUCCUCGAGUUUACUCCCAAUGUGCGCUAGAUCUAUUUGAAAAACCUCUUCUGUAUGCUGAAGUUGUUUUCAGGGUUGAAAAGCUCCUCAUCGAGCCGGAAGGUCUAUAAUUGUUGUGCAAUUUCGAUAUGGAACCUGAGCUCAAGUGCAAAUUGGGAAGAAACCUGAUAUGGACUUGUUACUAUUGAUUGCAAUAUCCUUUCCUGUUUAGGUUCACGAGUUACAAAUUUUGUCCCCGUUAUUUUCUCUGCGAUCUUGAGUGAAAUGCGGUUUCAACGUUUCUGAUUCACUGUGAAAUUCCGCCACCAUUUCUUGAAAUUCCUGUUUUUCUGCUAAUUGAGCAAAAAGAUGGUUUUUUGGGAAGGGUAUUUGAGUGACGAAGCGAUGGGCACUUUCGCGCCGAUCGUACUUUAUUGGUUGUAUGCUGGAAUUUAUCAGCUCUUGCCGCCGUUGGAUCAGUACCGCUUGCAUACCAGAAAAGAGGAAGAAGAGAAAAACUCGGUCUCCCUUUCUGUGGUGAUCAGGGGUGUUCUGUUGCAACAGCUCGUCCAGGCCACAGUCGCCCAGGCACUUUUCAUGUUGACCUCGCGGACAAGUUCAUCCGGGAUCACGGUUCAGCCCUCCAUUCUGGUUCAGCUGAUGCAGAUCGUUGUUGCAAUGCUGGUCAUGGAUACGUGGCAGUACUUUGUGCACCGCUACAUGCACCAGAAUAAGUUCUUGUACCGUCAUAUUCACUCACAACAUCACAGGUUAGUUGUCCCAUAUGCAAUUGGGGCCCUUUACAACCACCCACUUGAGGGACUCCUACUUGACACCUUUGGAGGUGCUCUCUCAUUUCUGGUAUCUGGAAUGACUGCACGGACAGCUGUGAUCUUCUUCUGCUUUGCUGUCACCAAGACUGUUGAUGAUCACUGUGGACUCUGGCUGCCUGGCAACAUCUUCCAUCUAUUCUUCCAGAACAAUACUGCCUACCACGAUGUUCACCAUCAACUCCAGGGUGCAAAAUACAAUUAUUCGCAGCCAUUCUUCCCAAUUUGGGAUAAAAUUCUUGGAACCCACAUGCCUUAUCAUCUUGUGAAACGCCCUGAGGGGGGCUUUGAAGCCAGGCCAGUGAAAGAUUAAUGUGUUGAUGAACCAUCUAAGAAUCCCAUAUUCGCAUGUGUUGAACUGUUGAUGUCCAGCCAACCUUUCUCUGCUUGAGACAAUCCCAGAUUAGCCGAUUUGCACCAAGAUGUGGAAAGACACUGCUAUAAAUUGUUUUGUGGCCGAAUAUUUCAGCACUAGUGGAUCGGUCAUUGAUAUUUAAUUAGUUCGUUGGUUUGUACUUGCCUGUCAGUGUUUUUUGUGUAGUUGGCUAUGUUAAUAGAACUCCAACUACCCAGGGAUUUGUACCUUUAUUGCCACCAAGUUAUUUUCUGUAGUAUAUUUUGUAGGUAUUUUACUGCACUUCUAGCCGUGGGGAAUGGGGAUUGAUGUACUUAACUUUGGAGAACUAUUAAGAGCUUCGUUUUGCACAAUAUAUAACCAUGUGCACUAACCAUCAA